CAAUCAUGUCGAGUAGGCGUUUGAAGUGCUUAUUUCCAUACGUCUGGCCACUGUGGAGGUACUUCUUAGUCCUGCAAAGGGUUUAUCGUGUUGACUAGUGACUGUCGUGUUUGUUUUGAUCAUAUUGGCUUGUCCUGAAGUAAGAGUAGACGCAGUCCAGUCCUGCAGGUGGACCACAUGCAAGGCAAAAUGUUAACAAGGACUAUUCACCUGCUCUGUGCAGCCUGAGGACCCCCUGGGCUUGGCGGCAAGAAGCUUGUUGUUUCGUCUUCCGCUGAUCACAUUUGACAACACGAGGCUACUACAUCAAGGAGGAUGGCCUGUUUUGGUGGAGGCAAGCUGAAAAAGGAGCGCGAUGCCUUGGCGCAGCAAAAGCAGGACCUCGAGGCCAAGGUCGCGCAGCAGCAGGCCGAGGCACAGCAACUGAGGCAGAAGCUGCAGCAGGUUCUUAUUUACAUUCUUGUUUCACGAAUGAUUUUAUGAACUGCAAAAGUAUCGUACUCCUACUCGUAUAAAUGCAUUACAAAUUUCCUCAGCAUGAGAAAUCAAAUUUGCAAUGCGGAUUUACCGUAAAAAAAAGAUUUGUAAUGCAAGACUUGCAUUUAAUUAUCCAAAAGGCGGAGACCCAAGCCAAAACCGCGAAGACAACCGCUGACGAAGAGAAGGGGCAGCGGGAAAACGUUAUGCAUUGCAAAUAUAUCUGGGUCUGGAAACUUGUAAUGCUGAAUGGCCAUGAUUCACCGUGCCUUUCAGUGCAGUGCAGCAUGACAAAUUUUUCAAACGCUCUGUCCUGCGCAGGACGCAUUACAAAGUGCGUUUUUGCAACAUGAGGAAAGCGUGGUGCUUCAUUUGCUGCUAUAUGCAAUACAGAUUUUUUAGGAAUGCGAAACACGCAAUACAGGCGCAAUCAUUCCAGACCCAGACAUAUUUGCAUUUGAUAAACGUGCAGAAUCAACUGAAUAAGGAGUUGACGAAGCUGCAAAAAGACAAAGACAAGGUGGACAAGAGGAUGAAGAUUCUCCAGCAGGAAUUCACGAUCCUGCAAAUAUCAAAUGCAAAAGUGUCUGGGUCUGGGAGAUUCUGAGACUUGUCAUGCACGUUUUGCAUGAGCCAUGAUUUCUGUAAUGCAUGCCGUAGCAUCACAGAUUUUUCGAGGGGUUCCUGAUGCCUACUUCGCAUGACAAAUGCCCUAUCCGCGUAGCAAAAAUUACAUUCCCUUUGCUACUCAUGCAAUGCAAAUUUUUUUGGAAUCCAAAUGCAGCAUCACAGGUUGCAUUCUUCCAGACCCAGACAUUUUUGCAUUUGAUAGCAAACCGAGGCGGACAAAACCAUCCAGCAAUACGCGAUAGGGGAUUUGUAUGCUCUGCAAGAAAAGUAUCGUAGUACUAAUCGCAUUCAUGCAUUACAAAUCUGGUUCCAUAUUAGGCAAAUCAGCAUGACAAAUUCCAUUUGUCAUGCUGAGCGAAUUUGUAUUGCAAUCACUACUAGCGCGAUACUGUUCCAGUUCAUAAUUUGCGGAAGAAACCCUUUCUGCUCCUUUUCGAAGCCUACGACGGCGACAACGGGACCUUCCUGGGGGAGCAGCUUCUCAUCGGAACGGGCGAGUUCGCGCUAAUGGACCGCGCGGUGCACUCUCGCUACGACGUAUGCAAGAAGAAAACUGUGGAAGUGUAACUCUGUAAUGCAGAAUAUGGAAGAGAGUUACAUCUGUCAUGCCAGACAGCCAUGAAGUCCUCGUUCCAUGUCAGUGUUUUCCCUUACAAGCCGCGCAUGACAGGUUUUUUCUAUGAUCAUGUAGAGCAAAUCUGUGAUGCUGUCAGCCACAGAAAGUUACACUAACACAGUUUUUUUCUUGGAUACGACGCGAGUAAGGAACAAGCUUCCGCCAGCAAAAAUCCGACGCGAAGGAUACACGUGGUGUGUGAAGAGAGCAACGACCAUAUCCAGGAGAAAAACUGUGUUAGCGUAGGUGCUUUGGUGGAGUGAUAGCAUGACAAAUUGGCUCUGCGUGACUUCUGAUCGAGCCUGUCAUGUUGCACAACUAGUACGUGAAAAGGAAAACGCACAUGGAAACAAGUGGACUGCAUGGCUGUCUGGCAUGACAAGUGUAGCUGUGUUGGUUUUUGCUGCAUUACAGAAUUACAAUUCUUAGGCAGUUUCUUUCUUGCAUAGACCAGCUCGCGGUCAGAUCCCUGUACCAAGAAGGCGGAUCCAGUAGCUCCACCGCGUUUUCGCCCCCCUUGGCCGGCGGGACGUCUGCGAGCAGUCCACCGCCCGGGACGAACAGCAACAAAGUCGACUACCAUUCCGUGCUCUACAAGGUUUGGCUGAAGCGGGGCAAGAUGACAGCAAAGAGUGGAGCAGCAGCGGGAGGUUCUGCUGGCACGGAGCAGCCAUUAGAUUCGGAGCAGGAGCAAGACGAGGGGAAAGAAAAGCCCGCUGUAUGGGAGCAAGUGGCGAUGGAGCACAGCGAGAUAUUAAAUGCAAAAGUAACUAUGACUGGGUUGGGAAAUUCAAAUUUGUGUUGUUGAAGCUGCUUUAUUUACAGAGUGGCAACUUGUACAGCAUAGCAGCAUCAGGCUGUACUACUUUUGCAGAUUCUUUCGUAAUGAAACACACGACAGAUCAUGGCUGAGUUUCAACACAGGAGCAUGACAAAACACCUUGCCAGUCGUAUUUUAUGCAUCACAAAAUCAAAUACAAAUCCUUCUUGUGCUUCUUCAGAUAUCAUCUCAUUUUCGCAAAUCCAGACCAAGAUCAAAAAUAUUUGCAAAACAAUGCAUACGAGAUCAUACCAGGCGACUUGUUAGAAGAUCCGAACCAAUACGGCUGGGUAGCGGGGUAUGGAUGUGUCAGAAUCGAAAUCAACAAAAUCGAAAUCGCUUGUGAUGCAUAAAAUCGAUACCAGUUGGAGCCUCAGUUUCCAAUUGGCGCAUGACAAAUUUCGGCAGCACGAAAAUCCAGUCUCUCAUGCUGUUUGGGCAAAGAACGCUGCUCCUGUCGUGCUACUCUGGCAGCACAUCGCCUCCCCCUAAACAGGCUCGCAAUCGGUCUUAUUUGCCUCCUCCCCAACACAGGCCAUACGUGCCCUACAUUUUAUGCAUUGCAAAUUUUUCGAUUUUGUCGAUUUCGAUCCUGACACUCCCAUACGGGGUUCAGCAAUGGUCUGAGCACGGAGGAACCACUCAUCUUAGACUACGAAGCGCUGAAUCUCCACGGGUAUAACACCGUGGAGCUGCACAGAAAGGACCACGAGUUUCUGAUAUCCAAGAAAAAAAGACUGUAGGUGUAACUUUUUUGGCUGAUCAGCAUUACAAAGCUGUCUGGCAUGACAGCAGAAACCUGUCAUGCGGAGAUAGCAUGUCAAAACGCGCUUGAAUUUGCCUUGCAAUGCAUGUCCAGCAUGACAGACGCAAUCGUCUUAAGUGUUGCGCAUCACACACUUACACUAACAAUGUUUUUUUCCGGCAUCUUUGACCACCCGGGUGCAGUAUUUGGAGUCCGAGAAGAUGGAGAGGGACAGGAUGGAGACUGAUUUGGGAAAACUGCGAAUGGUUCUCGAAGAAAAAGACCGGGAGCUGGAAGUACUUUAAUUGUUUCCUCCUUAGUCUGGUUUAGGCACUAUCCACCUUGGUCUGGUGACCUGUUCUAGCACAGCACCGAUUGUUGAUUCUUGCACGACAGACUCCUGUACCAACGGCUUUUUCUUUUUGCAUCCAUUCUUGGUCCCUCUGCUGCCCAUUUCACCGCAUGGAGUAGUUGUAGACUGCAGGACUAUACUAAUACUUCUGUAAUCCAAUGAAAUUAAAAAUCAAAAUUAAUACAACGACCUGUAUCACAGCUUAAGCUCACCGAAGCCAAGAAGCUGCUGGACAUCGGUCCCGGUGGAAACCUGUCCGCUAAAAACCUCUCCGGUCUAGAUCGAAAUGCUGCUGGUAAGAUCGACAACGAGCAGCUGAAACUGUUGGAAAAACUUCAGCCCGUCAACGUGCACUUACCGGGGAAGAAUUUGGAUCUGUCUUCGGAAAACAAACUGCGGUUCUUCCGGCUACUGUGCGCAACUGUGGACGAGGAGACUUCCAAUACCGUCGGCGCUGGGGCCUCAACUGCUGGGGACCACAACUUACUCUUCCAAAACGAGGAACUAGAAGUCUACUGGCUCCAAUCUUUCCCCUACAACAACGAUGACUUCUACCACCACGCGGAGAGAGGUUUACUCGCCGGAAGGAUCGAUCUUAAACUAGUUUCCCGCGGGUUCGAGUCCAUUCAUUUGAAGUUAUCAACUGCAAAUAUGUCGGGAAGAGGACAAGUUUGUCAUGCACAUUUUCCAUGAUCCAUGAAGAUGUCUGUAAUGUAUUCCCUAGCAUCACAGAUUUUUUGAGCGUUUACCGAUGCGCAACCCGCAUGACAAAUGCUCUUUUCGCGUAGCCAAAUUUAUUGACUCCUCUUGCUGGGCAUGCAGUGCAGAUUUUUUUAUAGAAUCCAAAGGCAGCAUCACAAGUUCCAGACCCAGACAUAUUUGCAAUGCAUAGAAGUGCACCAACAACGACGUGAAGGGGCUGAAGGUAAGUAAAAGUACAUUUGACAUGGACUGCCGAUGAGAGAUUGCAUGUUCUUGUGCUCUUUCUUGUCAUGCCUACUAAAUAUAGUCGCAUGAAAUUAUAAUUGAAAACGCUCUCCAUCUCCACAGGUGGUUCCCCUCCCCAUUUCCGCGGCCGCAAACACGUCCACCGCUGAAAACGGGCCCCCGCAAGUGAUCAUCCAAACUAUCUGUGUAGAGUUGCUAGAGCUGGUCGAGGCGCAUCCUUUUGUGAAGUGCGAUAUCACGGUAUUGGACUCAGCGACAACGGCAACCUCGAAACCGGUAUGACAGUGCGCAGCUCCCCCUCCCCCUCAUUUGUCAUGCAAAAACCCAAAUCCAGUCGCAUCGCUGCCUUGUGGCACUGUUUGCAUGAGAGACUCCGGAAGCCCAAACAGGACCACACCAGGCACGCAAAUUUGUCAUGUGUUCGCUGCACGUGUACUGGUGUUUGUAAUGCUGUUAAUGCCAUACAAAUGAGGGGGAGGGGGGGUUCUUGUGCACUCUCAUAACGGGAUCGGGCACAACACGAGUGCACGUUCGCGCUGCCCAUUAUCCUGUUGAAAUUCGUUCUACCCUGGGAAUUAUGCACUGCAAACAUAUGUUGUACAUCUUUCUGGGUUUCUGCGUUCAGGAAAGCUGCACCAGGUGCAUAUAUCUUUUUGAUGCUCAUCUCAACUAUCAGUCACACAAAAAUCUUCUGUUGAUGCGCGUGAGAAGCAAAGCUGUCCAUUUUAGGCCGCCUCGGGACGACAGGACGUCUCAUGCUACAGAGCACUAGGCAUUGCAAAGCUCAUCCUCAUGUCAGCAUAAAACUUGUGAUAGUACUUCUCUUGUACUUCUACUUGUUCGCCGUAUUUUUCGAGACCUUCUGAUCUGAGCCAUGCCAGCAAGCCUGUCUGACAUUCCACUCCACUUGUCAGACGGACCCAGAUGAUCGAUAUCGUUUGCAGUGGAUAGGAAUGCUUGCCGCAGGAACUAAGCCGGCACAUGGCAAGUUGCGUGCGAGAAGACUCGGGAAACAUGGUUUCUGGGAUGAGUAGCGGAGUGCAAACGAAGUUUAAAUUUAUUUCUGGCAGCUAGUAAUACACGUGACCCAAUUUGUUCUUCAGUAAGUCGUUGCCUCGAAGUGGUCGUUUGCAUUUUUUUCUUUGGCAAGUCGUGCUUCUCUCAUAGUCCUAGGGAGGACGAGGAUUCGACGAGUUGUGUUGGAACUUGUGAUGCUAAUGCUAGAUUUUUAAAUUUCAGAGGCAUAGUGCAGCAGGGAACUAGGUCGUGCAGAGUAUGAUUACUAGCUACGCUGAAAAUAAGUAUCUUUCUCUCCAUACUCUUGGAUCUGAGCUCCGUGCCGGAUAACAAGGCGAGAACGGCGUCGAAGGUAAAGUGCAACAAAUUCAUAUUUGUCAUUAUGUAUGAAUCAGAAAAACUAGAUCGUGAUUUUUUCCCAUGCACCAGCGCGACCGAUUACUUUCUUAUCUAUGUUUGUAAAAGCAGUAAAAGCGUGAAACAAAUCAACCGAAAAUAACCCGCAGGCCCCGCCGCCCGGCGACCUGAUUACUGGCGAAACGUUUCCAACCAAAUUCCUCACACUGUAUCCUGAGAAAAAACGUCCCCACCCCACAGUCAAGAUGGGAAAUCUGCUAGACAAAGCAACAAGCUUUGGCACUUGCGCAUGACAAAUUUGGCGCUGUAGUGUAGUCGUGUUUAGCUAGUGCACCAGCAUCACAGGUGUAUUCUAUCAGUCUGAUUGAAGCAUCACAAAUCUCCAAACACGACUAGAAAUUGCUUCUCAUGGGGCUCCGCUUCAGAAAGAUCUUCAGCAUGCCGAUUUGCAUGGCAGCUAUGGGCGAGGACGUUUUUGCAUAGGAUAUGCUGGGGGGACUCUUCUGCGAGAUCGAACGGAAGCGAAGUGCGAAUGGGAACACGGAGGUUUGCCUCGGGAGUUCGUUAGUCAAGCACGGCAGCUUGACUGAGCAGGAUUUGCACAUCGGGGUGAAGAUUUCCUCGAAGGGCAAUUUGAUCGAGGUUUACUCCUACAACCGGAAACUGUCGAACAUCGUGCUGGCUUUGCUGCUGGACUUCUACUCCUAUUGCUGCGUUCAUCUGCACGAGAUGUGAUAGAUUAUUACAUACUGUUGAACUCUUCCGCGAGGCUAUUUUCUAGUGCCUUGACAUUUCGGCUGCAGCGAGUUAAAGGAAAGGCGGCACUGCGAUAGGAUGAAGCGCUUUCACUUGUUUAGUGCCGUCUACUUGCAGCCUAAGCCUUCCACAACGCCGCCGGGAUCUUUUCUCAAGUUGUAUCAUGCUGUUUAAUAUAUUACGCAAAGAACAAAUACUAAAUAGUAAACGCCAUCUCUAGGUGCUGCUCCAGGCGGUAAGUAUCUUCCCAUUUGUUUGAAAUAAAGUACACGCUAGCUGUCGCUGUGCAAGAAGUUCUACUAUGCUGGUGUAAGGAACUGCAGGAGACCAACAACAUGACCAGGUUCUUUUUUCAAAGUACGUAUCGCGCUUUACUUUUCAUUAUUUGCAAACAAAAAAAGGAAAGUGUAAACAACGUGAAAACACAAUUACAGAAAGAAGUACUACACUUGCAGCCAUCGCUUCGUAAAACAAGCGAGCAGUGAGUUGUCAAAGCCAGUGGCAACGAUCAAAAUGGCAAAUCAAAAUCAAGAAUUGUGAAGUACUUACUUUCACAAAAAGAAUUCGAAUUCCAGAAGCACAAAGAAGUAGUUUU